AACCGGAACGAGACGCGUUGCGGUAGUCCCAUGUUUUAUUAAAUUAACCGAAAUCAUUCCGACACUUUUUCGCGCUGGAAAAAUUUGCAAACCAAUAAUAAAAAAAUAGCCAACACUUGGACAACAAAUUACACGAGACAACGAAGUAAACGAACAAGAAAAUAAGAAAAGAAUUUUACAAAAAAAAAAAUAAGAGCAAAACAAACAAAAGGCAAACAGUUCAGUGAUUACCAUUAGUUGUGGAAAAAGUUUCAAUUUAAAUCAAUCGGAUAUAAAGCAUUGCUUAAUCAAUUCCAUUCAGUUUGAAACUGCUUAACGAUAAUCGUGCACAAAAACUUUUGGUGGAAAAACUAGAGAUAUUGGAGAGAGGAGCGAGGACGAUAAAAACUGAAUAAUAAAAAUACUUUCACGACGAGCAACCCUUUUCCGUUAAUUUGCCAUUAAACAACAGUUGUUGAGAUUCACAAAGUCGAGCUACUUGUCUUUUUCAAACGGUCAAUCGGCUCAGCUGACACAUCACUCACUCACAGAGAAAGAGGGAGAGAGAGAGAGAGAGGAACAUACAAUUUACAUCAGCAAUAAUACCAACAACAUUAACAACAAACAACGAUCAAAAUAAUUAAAAUGAUACAACGUCAAUGGCAAUGGGAUAUAGCAUUGCUCUUGAUGAGCAUUUGCGUGAUCGGCAUAUCAGCUCAAGGUUCAACAUUUAAAUGUCCAAGCGAAGGAUACCAACCAGAUCCACAAAAUUGUACAAAGUUUUAUCGAUGCGUUAAAGAAGAAUCGGAAACACUAAAAGCAUAUGAAUUUAGCUGUGGACCAGGUACGGUUUUUUCUACAAUAACCGAUAAUUGUGUCCAUCCAAACGAUGCCGGUCGGCCCGAAUGUGCUAGUACCACUGCGAAUGAAGUCGAUAGCAGUGCAAAUGAAGUCGAUAGUGGUGAACCAGGAAACGAUCAACCACCACAGCCAGCACCAACAACAGGAAAACCAACACAAACGCCAACACCGACAUCGACACCGACACCAACACCAUCACCAUCACCACCAAAACCCAGUGAAAAAUGUACACAAGAAGGGUUUAUGGGCGAUUCAAACGAUUGCAGCAAAUUCUAUCGAUGCGUCGACAAUGGCAGAGGAGGUUUUAGUAAAUAUGAAUUUACUUGUGGCCCUGGCACUGUUUGGGAUCAACAGAUCUUAGCCUGUAAUUAUCCUUCGGAAGUUAAAAAUUGUGGCGGUUCACAGGUUGCUCAGGAUAGUUCGUCUUCAAAUCAAUGGCAAAGCAGCAAUUCGCAAAGCUCAUCAAGCUCUUCAAGCGGUUCAUGGCAAGAACAAUCGCAAUCAAAUAACUCACAAUCUCAACAAUCAUCGUCUUCAAGUCAAAGUGGCAGCAGUUCAUCGUCGUCAUCAUCGCAGAACCAAAAUAGUCAAAACAAUCAAAGCAGUCAAAAUCAACAAUCAUCCUCAAAUUCUGGAUCGGGAUCUAGCAGCUCUAGCCAAAAUUCGCAAAAUCAAAAUAACCAAAAUGGAGGCAGUCAAAAUCAACAGAGCGGAUCGAAUUCGGGCAGUGGAAGCGGUAGCUCUUCAUCAUCAUCACAAAAUCAAAACAAUCAAAAUGGUGGUAGUCAAAACCAACAGAGCGGAUCGAAUUCGGGUAGUGGCAGUAGCGGCUCUUCAUCUUCAUCACAAAAUCAAAACAAUCAAAAUGGUGGUAGUCAAAACCAGCAGAGCGGAUCGAAUUCUGGAAGUGGAAGCGGUAGCUCUUCAUCAUCAUCACAAAAUCAGAAUAAUCAAAAUGGAGGAAGUCAAUCACAAGAAAAUGGAUCGAAUUCUGGCAGUGGAAGCGGUAGUUCUUCGUCUUCAUCACAAAAUCAAAAUGGAGGCAGUCAAAACCAACAGAGCGGAUCGGAUUCGAGCAGUGGAAGCGGUAGUUCAUCAUCUUCGUCUCAAUCACAAAAUCAAGGUGGAUCGGGUGAUUGCCAAGCAGAAGGAUUCUACGCCAAUAAGAAAGACUGCAAGAAAUUCUAUCGAUGCGUUGAUAAUGGCAAAGGCGGUUACACCAGAUAUGACUUCAGUUGUGCCGAAGGAACUGCAUGGGAUGAUAAUAUCAAAGCUUGUAACCAUAUUCAGGACACCGGUUGUGCCGGUUCAAGUAGUCAAUCUCAAGAAUCAGGAUCUAGCUCUUCAUCUGGCUCAGGAAGCUCUUCGUCAUCAUCACAAAAUCAGAAUAAUCAAAACGGAGGCAGUCAAUCACAAGAAAGUGGAUCAAACUCUGGCAGUGGAAGUGGCGGCUCUUCAUCUUCAUCACAAAAUCAAAAUAAUCAAAAUGGAGGCGGCCAAUCACAAGAGAGCGGAUCGAACUCUGGCAGCGGAAGUGGUAGCUCCUCAUCUUCAUCACAAAAUCAGAAUAAUCAAAAUGGAGGUAGUCAAUCACAAGAAAAUGGAUCGGGAUCAUCGUCUGGAUCCGGCAGCUCAUCCUCAUCUUCACAAAAUCAAAAUAACCAAAAUGGAGGCAGUCAAAACCAACAGAGUGGCUCGAAUUCUGGCAGUGGCAGUAGCGGCUCUUCAUCUUCAUCACAAAAUCAAAACAAUCAAAAUGGUGGUAGUCAAAACCAACAGAGCGGAUCGAAUUCUGGAAGUGGAAGCGGUAGUUCUUCGUCUUCAUCACAAAAUCAAAAUGGAGGCAGUCAAAACCAACAGAGCGGAUCGAAUUCUGGAAGUGGAAGCGGUAGUUCUUCAUCAUCAUCACAAAAUCAGAAUAAUCAAAAUGGAGGCAGUCAAUCACAAGAAAAUGGAUCGAAUUCUGGAAGUGGAAGCGGUAGUUCUUCGUCUUCAUCACAAAAUCAAAAUGGAGGCAGUCAAAACCAACAGAGCGGAUCGGACUCGAGCAGUGGAAGCGGUAGUUCAUCAUCUUCAUCUCAAUCACAAAAUCAAGGGGGUUCGGGUGAUUGCCAAGCAGAAGGAUUCUAUGCCAAUAAGAAAGACUGCAAGAAAUUCUAUCGAUGCGUUGAUAAUGGUAAAGGCGGUUACACCAGAUAUGACUUCAGUUGUGCCGAAGGAACUGCAUGGGAUGAUAAUAUCAAAGCUUGUAACCAUAUUCAGGACACCGGUUGUGCCGGUUCAAGUAGUCAAUCUCAAGAAUCAGGAUCUAGCUCUUCAUCUGGCUCAGGAAGCUCUUCGUCAUCAUCACAAAAUCAAAAUAAUCAAAACGGAGGCAGUCAAUCACAAGAAAGUGGAUCAAACUCUGGCAGUGGAAGUGGUGGCUCUUCAUCUUCAUCACAAAAUCAAAAUAAUCAAAAUGGAGGCGGCCAAUCACAAGAGAGCGGAUCGAACUCUGGAAGUGGAAGUGGUAGCUCCUCAUCUUCAUCACAAAACCAGAAUAAUCAAAAUGGAGGUAGUCAAUCUCAAGAAUCGGGAUCUAGCUCUUCAUCUGGUUCAGGAAGCUCUUCGUCAUCAUCACAAAAUCAGAAUAAUCAAAAUGGAGGCAGUCAAUCACAAGAAAGUGGAUCGAACUCUGGCAGUGGAAGUAGCAGCUCUUCAUCUUCAUCACAAAACCAAAACAAUCAACAAGGAAGUCAGUCUCAAGAAAAUGGAUCUAGUUCAAGUAGUGGAAGCGAUAGCUCUUCGUCAUCAUCACAAAAUCAAGAGUCUUCAAAUCAAAUUCAAUCUGGUAACCAGAACGGAGGCAGUGGAUCUGGCCAGGAUAAAUGUACUAAAGAAGGAUUCAUGCCAAACAGUCAAGAUUGCAGCAAAUUCUAUCGAUGCGUUGACAAUGGCAAAGGAGGUUUCAAUAAAUAUGAAUUUACUUGUGGUCCUGGUACUGUUUGGGAUCAAGAAAUCUUAGGCUGUAAUUAUCCAUCAAGCGGUAACUCGGGCAAAUGUAAAAACGUUGAAACAACACCGUCGCCCAGUUCGACAACAGGAUCACCUCAAACAACCGAUGCCACAACAGGAACACCACAAACUACACAAUCAUCGUCCAGUCAACCUCAAUCAACUGAAUCAUCAACACAAUCUGGAUCUACGACACCAAAACCAACUGAAUCAUCAACACAAUCUGGAUCGACGACACCAAAACCAACAAGUUCACCAAGCAAUGAUAAAUGCAAAAAAGAAGGAUUUAUGGCUGACAGUAGCAAUUGCAAGAAAUUCUAUCGAUGCGUCGACAAUGGAAAGGGAGGUUUUACCAAAUACGAUUUUGAUUGUCCAGAAGGAACGGCUUGGAGCCAAGAAUUAGAGACAUGUGAUUAUGCCGACAGUGUUUCCGGAUGUGCGGGUAAAUCUGAACCAACUUCUCCACCGGGAUCAACAACACAACAAACAACACAACAAACAACAAGUUCUCCGCAAACAACCGAAUCUUCAACACAAGGAAAUACAACACAAGCACCGCCAACAACAACAUCAAAACCACCACCAAAUGAUGGUGUCUGCCGACAGGAGGGAUUCAUUGGUGAUGACAAAGAUUGCAAGAAAUUCUAUCGAUGCGUCGAUAAUGGAAAAGGUGGCUUAACGCGAUACGAAUUCAAUUGUGCCGAGGGAACCGCCUGGAAUAACGAAAUAACCACUUGUGAUUAUGAGGCGAAUGUAAAAUGUUCAUCAUCGAAUACGACUACAACAGCAGCCCCACCCCCAUGCAAUACAACAGAAAGUUCAACCACCACAACCACUACGGAGCCAACUACUACAGAGUCAACUACCAGCGAAUCGACGACACCCACCACAACGGAAUCAACUACAACUACUACAGAAUCGACAACUCAAAGCACAACCGAGUCAACUACACCCCAAACCACCGAAUCAACUGUCACAACAACGGAAUCAACAACAGUUUCCACAACGGAAUCGACUACAACCGAACAAACUACAACCGAAUCAACAACACCAUCCACCACUGAACCGGCGACGACUGAAUCAACAACAGCUGCAACCACUGAAUCAACUACUACCACCACCACCACAACAGAACCAACAACAACCGAAGGUACAACCGAAGGUACAACCGAAGGCACAACAACCAGUAGUCCACCGUCACAAGAAUGCCCGGAAACGAAUCCAAACCAAGGAGUUUAUGUGUGCCCAAGUGCAUUCCGUCAAGAUCCAAAGGAUUGCAACAUGUUCUAUCAAUGUACAGAAAAUGAUGGUAGCGACGAUAUGACCAUCACAAAAUUCACUUGCCCACCGGACACAUCGUACGAUGAGAAACAAUGCAAAUGUGUUAAGUCCGAUAGUUGCCCCAGCAACAGUGCUCGAGCACUAAAAUAUUUGAUUGAUCCGCGAAAUAUGGUAAUUAAAGACAAUAUUAUGGUUUCGGAUGAACCAUUAUGCCCAUCAGCCGGAUAUCAUCCAUUUGUUGAUGAUGAAUGUGGACCCGCUUUCAUAAAAUGCGCACGUCGCGCUAAUGGAAAUGAACUCGAAGGCACCGUUUAUAAAUGUCCUGAAGGCUACAUAUAUUGGAAUGUGAGCAAACGUUGUGAACGCCCUGAAAAGCUUCCAAAAUGUCAACGAACAAAACUUUCACGCACCAACAGCAUCCCAACCGAAUGGAUUAAUUUGGGAAAAGCACGAAAAUUACGAAUAUAAUCAAAUCAAUUUCGAGAAGCAAUGACACAGCGUCUCAAAAUAAAAUUAAAAAUCAAUUUUCGCAACAACAACAACACACAAAAAAACAUACAUAAAACAACAUUUCUUAGUUAAUUGUAAUUGUAAUUUAAUGAAUGGUCAUAAGCAAAACGAACUGAUAUAGCGUUGAACGUAUUGUAUUUAUUUAGAAUUAGAUGAGUAGGGAAUGAAUAAUAUUGGUGUGCCAAUGCGCCAAAUUACAAUACACGUGAAUCGCAUUCGCUGAUGAAUGAUUUUUGUUUUUGGGGAUGUUUCAAUUUCUCUUCAAAUAUUCUAUUAUUAUCCACCAAAAACAAUUUGCAUGAAAAGAUGAAUUUCUUGUUUGCGGUAUUUUAGAGUGAAUUUUCAGCACCUAUCGCAUACAGUCAGAAUAUUUAGAAUGUAGAAACGAAGAAUAAACUAUAUAAUACUCGCCCACUGAACUGACACACAUGAAAAAAUAAAAAAAUAAAUAGAACACAACAUUUUAUAGCUAACGGAUAAUUUUAGCAUGGCACCAAAAUGGAAAGUGAGUUAAUUAUUUUAAUUAAGCACAUAUUACCAUUCGACCAUGUAUACACAUGAUAAAUAAUAUUCUCUGAUGGAGGAAACAGGAAAGAGAAACUGCCGAACAUAUUAUUUAAAAUCAACAUUGAACUUCUAAGAUAUAUUGACUAGGGUCAACGCAUAGUUUUAAUUUAAAUUUAUUGUAAUAAAUUGGAAAUCGACAAAUAAAAUUUGGAACAUAAAAUACA